UAUGGUCAAGGAACCAAGCAAGGCAGCGAGACGUUUAGCUUAAAAAGCCAUCAAUGCUGAGUUUGUUUGGUUUUCAGCUGACUAAAUAUACAUUUUACAGACGCCGUUGGGACAAAGAAGAACAUUUAGCGCACGUUAACACGUCUUCGGUCCGGGAAGAACUCGCCUUAGUGUCCCUUUGAAGCGUCCCAUGCUAGCUUAGCUCGCUAGCUGCUAACAAAGACACAAAGCGGAAGUGAUCGACAAAGUGUGAAAAUGUGCAAAGUAGAAAUGCUGAGAGUGUUGGUGAAGCAGCGACUAACUGCUGCUGUGGAAGAAAUAUUUGUAGUGUUAGAAAGAACCAUAGCAGAAUACGAGGAGGAACUUUCUAGAAGAAAAGAGGAGAACGAGCGACAACGUCAACUACUGGACGCUCUUUUCAACAAACAUCAACAAACAGGCGUCAGUGAGGAACAUGGUCCUCCUCCUCCUCCGCAGCAGCAGCAGCAGGAGGAGCCACAGCCCCCCCACAUUAAAGAGGAAGAGGAGGAACACGGCCUCAGUCUGGACGGGGAGCCCCUGGGAGGACUGGAGGACUUCUCAGUGGUUGGUGUCCCUGUGAAGAGUGAGGAGGACUAUGAAGAGGUCAAAGGUGAAAGUGAGGAAAAGAGAGAGGCGGAGCCUCCGAGCGGCAGCUCAACUCAACUCAUGACAACAGAAGCUGACGGAGACCACUCGGCUGCCCCCUCAGAAAGCGGACAUUCUGCUGACAGUGAGGACGACGAGUCCAAAGCUGACCAGACGAGUCGCGCCGACAAUGCCCACUGGAAAUGUUCUCAGUGCGACAAAAGUUUUGGCAAGAAGAGCAACCUGAAAAGACACAUGAGCUGCCACACCAAGGAAAAGCCAUUCAUGUGCUCAAUUUGCGGUAAAAGGUUCUCUCUGAAAUCCAACUUGAAAGCGCAUACGAGGAGACACUCUGGCGAGAAACCAUUCUCCUGUUCCAUCUGCAACAAAAGUUUCAGUGAGAGCUCAAUAUUGUCAAGACACAAGAAAACGCACGCUGGAGAGAAACCCUACGCCUGCUCGUUGUGCAGCGUGCGGUUUACUCAAAAGUCAUCUUUGACCCAACACAUGAAAAUUCACACCGGCGAGAAACCAUUCACAUGUCCCGUGUGCGGCAUCGGUUUUGCCCGGAAUUCGGACGUGAAACGACACAUGAGAACGCACACCGGCGAGAAACCGUAUUCUUGUUCAGUCUGUGACAAAUGCUUUUGUGAGAGCUCAGAGUUGGAGCGACACAUGAGAACGCACACCGGGGAGAAACCUUACACCUGCUCGUUCUGCGGGCUCGGAUUUGCGCAAAAGUCCCACAUGACGGAGCACACAAGAAUACACACCGGAGAGAAACCCUACACCUGUACGUUUUGCGGGAAAGGGUUUGUGCAAAACCAUGGUCUGAAAAUACACCUGAGAACGCACACCAAAGAAAAACCGUUUUGCUGUCCAAGCUGCAACAAAAGCUUCUGUGACAGAGCGACCCUGGUUCGACACAUGAGAACUCACGCCGCUGACUUCACAAUGGAGCAGAAGGAGCCACUCAUAAAAAAGGAAGAGGAGGAAUCGCAGCAUUCCCGCUUCAAAACGGAAGCGGAGGAAUCACCGGCCCCCCGCAUUAAGGAGGAAGAAGAAGAACACAGCGUCAGUCAGGAGUUCUCAGUGAUCCGUGUCGUCGUGAAGUGUGAAGAAGAAGAGGUGAAAGGAGAAAGUGAGGAGCAGAGGGAGGCGGAGAGACCAAGCGGCAGCUCAACACAGCACAAGACAAGAGAAGGUGAUGGUGGAGGAUCACACGCAGACUUGGCUCCACUGUCAGAUAGUGAGCACACAGCAUCUUCUGACACUGACGAGGAAGACUCCAAAGAUGGGGUGACGUGUCAGACCGACAACACGCACUUGAAAUGUUCUUUCUGUGACAAAACCUUCACCAAGAAGAGGAGUCUCAAAAGCCACCAGAAGAAUCACACCGAGGAGAAACGCUUCAUGUGUUCGGAUUGCGGCAAAACCUUCUCUCUCAAAUCACAUUUGAUGAGACACAGCAGAAUACACACUGGAGAAAAACCUUUUUCCUGUUCAAUAUGCGGUAAAGACUUCACUCUGAAAGGAAGUCUGACCAUACACGUGAGGAGGCACACUGGAGAGAAACCUUUCGAGUGCUCAAUUUGCGGCAAAAGAUUUUCUUGCAACGUAAACUGCACGUCGCACACGCGAACGCACACGGGAGAGAAACAGUUUUCCUGCUCGGUCUGUGGCAAAAGUUUUGCACGACGAGGCGAUUUAAAAAUACACACCAGAAUACAUACCGGAGAGGAACCCUUUUCCUGCUCAAUAUGCGGGGUGGGGUUCGUGCGGAGUCAGUGUUUGAAAAGACACAUACGAAAACACACCGGGGAGAAACCUUUCACCUGCUCGGUGUGCGGCGCCAGUUUUGCACGGCGGGACGACAUGGUGAUGCACACCCGGCGCCACACGGGAGAAAAACCUUUUUCCUGCCCGAGCUGCGACAAAAGCUUCUGCAACAAGACCAACCUGGCGAGGCACAUGAGGACGCACACCGGCGAGAAAGUGUUCCGGUGCAGCGUGUGCGCGCUUAGUUUCUCCUACAAAUACCAGCUCGACAAACACGCGUGUGCGGGGGAGAACAGCAACGCCAAAUGAAACAAACUCUCAGGACGGAACAUUCAGGACGGAACAUUUUGACAACUUGAUCACAUAUAACUCUGUGACAUCAUUGUUGGGUAGCAAUUAUUGAUCAUUCAGUGUUGUCGACGCCAUAUUUAUUGUUAAUGCCCUUUUCCUACUAAGUUCAUGCUUUAUUGGAGAGUAAAGAUUGUUUCUUUUUAAUUAUUCAUGAUGUUUCCACUCAUUUAGUAGAAAGAUAUGUUUUUAUAUUUAUUCAGGACAUAUCAGGUUGGAUCUCUCUGGUGAGGGAGGGGUCAAUAGCUUACUUAUGGUCAGACCUGCACCUGGAAGAGGAAACAUACUCUUUGUUUCCAAAAGUAUUUGGCCAGCCAUCUAAAUGAUGAGAGUCAGGUGUCCUAAUGGCUUGGCCCGGUGUAUCAAAUCAAGCACUUAGGCAUGGAGACUGUUUCUUCAAACAUUUGUGAAAGAAUGGGCCGCUCUCAGUGAUUUCCAGCGUGGAACUGUCAUAGGAUGCAACAAAUCCAGUCGUCAAAUUUCCUCGCUCCUAAAUAUUCCAAAGUCAACUGUGGGCUUUAUUAUAAGAAAAUGGAAGAGUUUGGGAACAACAGCAACUCAGCCAGGAAGUGGUAGACCACAGGGAGGGGUCAGUGGACGCUGAAGCGCAUAGUGCAAAGACUUUCUGCACAGUCACUUGCUACAGAGCUCCAAACUUCAUGUGACCUACCGAUUAGCCCACCUACAGCACGCAGAGAGCUUCAUGGAAUGGGUUUCCAUGGCCGAGCAGCUGAAUCUAAGCCAUACAUCACCAAGUCCAAUGCAAAGUGUGGGAUGCAGUGGUGUAAAGGACAUCGCCACUGGACUCUAGAGCAGUGGAGACGCCUUCUCUGGACUGAUGAAUCACACUUUUCCAUCUAGCAAUCUGAUGGACCAGUCUGGGUUUGGAGGUUGCCAGGAGAACGCUACAUUUCGGACUGCAUUGUGCCGAGUGUGAAAUUUGGUGGAGUUAUGGUGUGGGGUUGUUUUUCAGGGGUUGGGCUUGGCCCCUUAGUUCCAGUGAAAGGAACUUUGAAUGCUCCAGGAUACCAAAACAUUUUGGACAGUUCCUUGUGGGAACAGUUUGGAGUGGGCUCCUUCCUCUUCCAACAUGAUGCAUUGCAAGGUCCAUAAAGACAUAGAUGACAGAGUCUGGUGUGGAUGAACUUGACUGGCCUGCACAGAGUCCUGACUUGACCCCGAUUAGAACACCUUUGGGAUGAAUUAGAACGGAGACUGAAAACCAGGCCUUCUCCACCAACAUCACCAAUGCGCUUUUGGAAGAAGGGUGCUAUAAAGACACUCCGCAACCUUGUGGACAGCCUUCCCAGAAGAGUUGAAGCUGUAAUAGCUGCAAAAGGUCAUAUUGAACUCUAUGGGUUAGGAAUGGGAUGGUGUACUGGCUAAGUUCUGUCCUAAAUCUGUUUUGGGUAACUUUCACCAAGAUACAUUGGGAAGGGACACGACAUAAGAGGUCAAAUCACCCUGAACAUUGGACAGUUACAUAAGUUGUUAUAAAAGAAAUCAGGUCAUCAUGGAGCGUCGAAAUAAAAAAGGAAGACCAAGCCUGAUGUGCGCUCUUUCUCAAUUCCUUCAAGAGAGGCACCAUCUUUCGUCUCAUGAGAUACUGUCUGUAAUCAUAGCGAUUCAAUUUAACUUUGUUCUAUCUGAUUGUGAAUAACAAACUCUCUAUUGUUCUUGUUUAAGAUUCUGACUUUUCGACCACAUAAAAUUGGCGUCCCCGUAAGGGCCACCACAUAAAAUUGGCUACCACGAGCAGGAUGAGGCCCCGGGGUAAAUCCCCGAUAUUUCCACCACAUAAAAUUGGUACCACGAGCAGGAUGAGGCCCCGGGGUAAAUCCCUGAUAUUUCCACCACAUAAAAUUGGCUACCAUGAGCAGGAUGAGGCCCCGGGGUAAAUCCCCGAUAUUUCCACCACAUAAAAUUGGUACCACGAGCAGGAUGAGGCCCCGGGGUGAAUCCCUGAUAUUUCCACCACAUAAAAUUGGCGUCCCCGUAAGGGCCACCACAUAAAAUUGGCUACCAUGAGCAGGAUGAGGCCCCGGGGUAAAUCCCCGAUAUUUCCACCACAUAAAAUUGGUACCACGAGCAGGAUGAGGCCCCGGGGUAAAUCCCUGAUAUUUCCACCACAUAAAAUUGGUACCACGAGCAGGAUGAGGCCCCGGGGUAAAUCCCUGAUAUUUCCACCACAUAAAAUUGGCGUCCCCGUAAGGGCCACCACAUAAAAUUGGCUACCACGAGCAGGAUGAGGCCCCGGGGUAAAUCCCUGAUAUUUCCACCACAUAAAAUUGGUACCACGAGCAGGAUGAGGCCCCGGGGUAAAUCCCUGAUAUUUCCACCACAUAAAAUUGGUACCACGAGCAGGAUGAGGCCCCGGGGUAAAUCCCUGAUAUUUCCACCACAUAAAAUUGGCUACCAUGAGCAGGAUGAGGCCCCGGGGUAAAUCCCUGAUAUUUCCACCACAUAAAAUUGGCUACCAUGAGCAGGAUGAGGCCCCGGGGUAAAUCCCUGAUAUUUCCACCACAUAAAAUUGGUACCACGAGCAGGAUGAGGCCCCGGGGUAAAUCCCCGAUAUUUCCACCACAUAAAAUUGGCUACCACGAGCAGGAUGAGGCCCCGGGGUAAAUCCCCGAUAUUUCCACCACAUAAAAUUGGUACCACGAGCAGGAUGAGGCCUCGGGGUAAAUCCCUGAUAUUUCCACCACAUAAAAUUGGUACCACGAACAGGAUUUGGUCGACAUCCGCUCCCGGUCUCUCUCAGGCAGACAGAAGUUUGCACACGCGCAUCUAAAGGCAAGCAAUUUUGCUUAAAAGUGUAAAAACUGUCUGUCUGGAGAUGGUCAGGACUGGUGAGACUAAAUACUGAACCUGUUCGUAACGCCAAUUUUAUGUGGUGGAAAAGUCUGAAUCUUAAACAGGAACAAUAGACAGUUUUUUUUUUCCAACAGUUUAAAUUACUCACAAUCAGAUAGUACAAAGUUGGAUUGAAUGAACCCUCGUGAAGGAAUUCAGAAAGAGCGCACAUCAGGCUUGGUCUUCCCUUCUGAUUUUGAUGGCCUGAUUUUUAUCAUAACAACUUAUGUAACUGUCCAAUGUUCAGGGUGACUUGACCUCUCAUGUCGUGCCCCUCCCAAUAUAUCUAGGUGAACAUUACCCAAAACAGAUUUAGGGCAAAAAUUAGCCACUACAAUGGCACUUUAAAUUCAAAUGUGAGUCAAGGCAGGUGGCCAAAUACUUUUGGCAAUAUAGUGUCGCUCCCAACUUACCUCUCCAUCUCCGUUGCUAUCCUUGCUGAUGGUCUUCCUGCAAUUACGAGCUUUGGGUUGUGACCGAGAGGACGAGAUCCGGGGUACCAGCGUCCAAAAUGAGUUUCUCAGAGGCACUUACUAAAACAGGCAGUUGUGUGACCCCCCCCCCCCCCCCACCUCCCCAACAAUACCGAUUCCUUCUAUUCACAACAAAUAUUUAUUCAGUCUUGUCUAAAUUUGCGCACUUAAAAAUUCUCAAACAGUUCGUUGCCAUCGAGACUAGACUCAAUAUAUACCUUGAUGGUGCAGAAAAAAGACCAUGUAUUUUUUUAACCGAUUUCCGAACUCUAAAUGGGUGAAUUUUGGCAAAUUGAACGCCUUUCUGUUUAUCUGUCUUGAAGCGAUGACGUCAGAACGUGACGUCACCGAGGUAACACACCCGCCAUUUUCAUUUUCAACACAUUACAAACACCGGGUCUCAGCUCUGUUAUUUUCCGUUUUUUUGACUAUUUUUUGGAACCUUGGAGACAUCAUGCCUGGUGGGUGUGUUGUCGGAGGGUGUAACAACACUAACAGGGAGGGAUUCAAGUUGCACCACUGGCAAGAAAUCUGCCGCCAGACCCCCACUGAAUGUACCAGAGUGUCUUCACAUUUGACCGGCGAUGCUAAGACAGACAUGGCACAGAGAUGUAUGGAUAACCUGCAGAUGCAUUUGCAACUAUUAAGUCAACAAAUUCACAAAGGUGAGUUUUGUUGAUGUCGACUGCCAGCUAAUCGAUGCUAACAUGCUAUGCUAAUCAAUGCUAACAUGCUAUUUACCGGCGGUGCUACAGCAGACAUGGCACAGAGAUGUAUGGAUAACCUGCAGAUGCAUUUGCAACUAUAUUACGUUUCCUUCCACCCACAUUUAAUGCGAAACAAACACUUACCAAUCGACGGAUUUAAGUUGCUCCUGUGUCAAAAGAUGCGAAAGUCCUGAUCGUUUGGUCCGCACAUUUUACCGGCGAUGCUAACGCAGCUAUUCGGCCAUGCUAUGGCUAUGAAUAGCGUCAAUAGCUAUUCGCUCAAUAGCUUCAGUUUCUUCUUCAAUACUUUCAUACUCCAACCAUCUGUUUCAAUACAUGCGUAAUCUGUUGAGUCGCUUAAGUCGCUGAAAUACGAGUUUGAAUCCGAGCUAAUGUCGCUAUAUCUUGCUGUGGUAUUCCCAUUGUUUGUUUACAUUGGCAGCACUGUGUGACGUCACAGGGAAAUGGCCAGUGUCUUCGCAGAGAGUCAAAAUAAGGCACUUUAAAGCUUUAUUUAGGGGUAUUCCGAGAUCGGUAAAAUUUUGAAAAAAACUUCAAAAAAUACAACAAGCCACUGGGAACUGAUUUUUAUUGUUUUUAACCCUUUUGAAAUUGUGAUAAUGUUCCCCUUUAAGUGUUGAAAUGUAAUUAGCUAAAUAUGCGCUAGGAUGCCUUUCUGGUUUGUUUAGAGUCAGUUAUUUAUGUUUUGGUGUGUGUGACUGUGGUGACGUCAAAGCUGCAUUAAACGCUGUCAAAGCUGAGCGUCCAUUGAUUUCAAAAGGGGAGCACAAAGUGGGUUGUACUUUUCUGUGCCACUUCCCCUCAUGUGUGCCUCCAAUGCUGUCUGCUGACAAAUCCUUGGACUCCAUGCUUGGUUUGUGCUCUGUCAGGUGUGGACCUGAUAUGUAGACAGGUGUGGACCUAAUAUGUAGACAGGUGUGGACCUGAUAUGUAGACAGGUGUGGACCUGAUAUGUAGACAGGUGUGGACCUGAUAUGUAGACAGGUGUGGACCUGAUAUGUAGACAGGUGUGCAGCUGAUAUGUAGACAGGUGUGCAGCUGAUAUGUAGACAGGUGUGGACCUGAUAUGUAGACAGGUGUGCAGCUGAUAUGUUGACAGGUGUGCAGCUGAUAUGUAGACAGGUGUGUGUCGCUCCUCAAUCAUGUCUAAACAGCUGACUUGACCACAGGUGGACUCCCAUUAAACUGUUGGAACAUCUUAAGGAUGAUGAGCAGAAUCAGGAUGCACCUGAUCUUACUUUUGGGCGUCAUGACUAAGCCUGAGAAUGCUUAUGUACAUGUGGUUUGGUGGCUCUUUGUUUUUAACAAAUUAGUUAAAAAUACUCUUAUAAAAAUGUUCACAUUGUCAUUAUUAUUUACUUUUUGCGCUCUUUGAAAUCACACAAACUGCACAUGUGAUUUCUUUAUUUUUUAAAACAUUUUUCAUGUAUUUUCUAACAUUUCGGUAUCGUGUGUGGAUUUUUUUAUUAUAUUUAUUUUUUAUUGACAUCCAGCAUCAGACAUUCCUAUCCAUGACGUCAUAUUUGCAUUCUUCAUACAUCUAUUGUCUGCCCUAAAUGUCCGAAUAUGUUGUUUUGGUUUAUUAUCCCAACGAUGCUAC